AUGAUAAAUCUAAAUGAGGAAUAAAAAAUACAAUAAAACAAACUAGUUAAUAUAUUUGGAUAACAUACUAAAUAAGCAUUUAUAAUUUUCAUAAUGAAUGCACUUUUAAGAGUUUAAGAAAACGAUACAUUUUUUAUGUCAAUUACCUUGUAUUUAACAAUCAUAAUGUUUUUAUUUAAUUGUGUUGCAGCAAUAUUUUUACUUUGUUUCAAGAGAGAAUUUCCUAAAGUGGAAUAUUUCCUAAUAUAUACAAUGAAUGUAUUUAUGUUUAUUACUCUACUUGUAUAUUCACUCAAUUACUUUAUUUAAAAAAAAGAGUAAGAUCAUUUACUUUAAAUGUAUAUAAAAACAUAUAUCAUGAUAUUGUUAGGGAAAGUAUGUUAAUUAAUAUUAUAAAUGAUAGGAAAUUGAAAUAUUAAUAAUCAAAAUAUUUCCACUUGAAUUAACGAAUAGAUCAGUUAAUUGUUUUACUUCAUGUAUAAUUGGUAUGAUGAUUUUAUCUCAUGGAGACAAUUAUGAAUGCUAAAACAAAUACUCAAUGGUUCUUUUAUCACUUUUACUAACAAAUGUUCUAACUUCUAUUUUUAAUCUAAUAUUCACUUUGAUUCUGUUUAAUUAAAAUAGAUCUUAAAAAGAAUUAAGAAACUUUGCUGAGUAAUUGUAUUUAUAUAAAAAUUAGUUUGCUUUUGACAGUGUUAUUUUUAGUUCAUAUUGUUUAAUAUGUUUUGGUUUUUAUAAAGACAAAUGGUAUAAUUGAAGAAGAAUGUUAGUGUUUGAGUUUCAUAUUUUAAUUUUAGAAAUAUGUUGCACCAAUUAACUUCAUAUCAUUCUUAUUUGUGAUUUAUUAAGAGGUGCGUUAUUUUAAAGAAGCUAUUAAAUAUUAAGAACUUAUUGAAAAGAAUAAUUAACAUAAUAAUAUGUGUAAUCAUAUUAAAUUAAUUAAAUUAGAUAGUGCAGGCAUCUAAAAUUAAUAACCAUUGAAAUAAGGUGUUAGACAUUCAGUAAAAAGUCUAAGUUCAGUUGUUAAUCCAAUGGAAGCUAGUCAAAGUAAUUCUUAGGCUCCAAAUUUUGGAAUGUAUGUUUAUUUAAGUUAAUGAAAGUGAGAAACAAGGAUAACAAUUAGAAAAAUUGGGAACUAGUUAAUUUGGAGCAUCAUAACAUAAUUAAGGUAUGUUACAUUCUUGGGCUAAUGUGUAAAAUCCUAAUCCUUUUGGAACUACUGCAAAAGAACAAUAAGAUAGUAUUGAGAAUCAAAAAAGAGGAAGUAAAUCUGUUGAUGAAAGUUUAAUUCGUUAAGAGGAGUCAUAAAUUCCAGAGAAUUUGUCUUAAGUUAAUAAUCCAAUGGAGUCUGGUAGUGUAGUUACUAUUCAUUGA